CACCCCAUGCUCCUUAGACAGCAACAGUAACUUCUAAGAUGAGAUUCAUCUCCUAAAAUAUUUAAAAUGGAAGAGAAAUGCUUUCCUGUUCUCACCGUCUUCUGCCUCCACCCUGUAAACUGGAAAGGCACGAUUCCUUGAGUACUUGCAUAUAAGGUGACACCAAAGGUUGUCACCUGGGAGCUGUGUGCUGGUGCUGACGUGCCAUCAGAGUAGAACAUCUUCAGAGCUUCCAAAGUUUCCUUUGCAAGACAUCCCACAAACUUCUUUCUUUGAACGUUGUUGUGCCAAACAGAGAUUGGCCUCAUUUCAGUGCAUUGAAGUGAAAGUAUAAAACAUCUUGUUGAUAGGAGGAUGUACGUUUAAGGUAAGGACUAUCAGAUACAGCCAACAAUGGAGGGAAGGUAGUUGUCUUUUUGGGUCUCAUUCUUACACAAUGUGUUUCAUUAUGAAAAUGUGUAAAGCUUUCUGGUUUAGGCGUAAGGAAUGCCGACCUUAAGUCAAGAGCAGGAAGAAGGUGUUUUGUCAGAACGUUAUGACUCAGGAAAAGAUUCACAUAUUGUAGCAGACAAGUGGUUGAGUAAUUGUCUGUGAAUUCUGUGUCAGGAUGUGGCCAAGCCAUGCUGAAAAGUUUCAAAGAACAAACAAUUCUAGAUAUGAAAAAAAGAUCUCUUUUGAAAGAUUGCAAGCGUGUUUUUGAUGGGAUAAGUCACAGGCAGAUCCAACGUCAAGAGCUUAAACCUAAGCAAAGUCAGAUUGGAAGUGAGCAUGCAUUUGAACAACAAAACCCAUCAGAGCUGCUGUGGUAGCUCCAUUUGUCAUCCUCAUGAGAACUAAGGACGUUCCGGACGGGCUGAAGGAGCUCUCUGACGGCUCGGAGGAGAGCAGCGACGCGCAGUCCGACUCGCAGAGCUCCGAGAACAGCAGCAGCAGCACCAGCAGCAGCAGCAAUGGGUGCACUAACAAGGACGGGAAGAAAAGCAGGUGGAAAAGGAAAGUGUCAUCUAGACUGUCACAGACGUCCUCCCCCCAGGCUGGCUGCCCGUCACCUUCCAUCCAAACAGGCAAAGUCAUCUCCUCGUCCCAGAAGCACAGCAAGAAGGCACUCAAACAGGCCUUGAAACAGCAGCAGCAGAAGCAACAGCAGCAGCAAUGCAGAGCAGGCAUGCCCGUGUCGUCUAAUCAGCAUGUCCUUCUGAAGGCUGUCAAGGCAGCCAGUGACUCCACACCUACAAAAUCUGCUUGGGAAGGAAAGCAGUCAGAUGGACAGUCAAGCAGCCCUCAGAACUCCACCUCCAGUUCCUCUCCCUCUGUUAAGCUCGAUAACUCCUUGCCAGGGCUGGGGAAGAAGCCAUUCCAGAGAUCUGACAGGCUCCAUGCACGGCAGCUGAAGAGAACAAAGUGUGCUGAAAUCGAUGUGGAAACUCCUGACUCCAUCCUCGUGAACACAAACCUGCGGGCACUGAUCAACAAGCAUACGUUCUCUGUUCUGCCUACGGAAUGCCAGCAGCGCCUGCUGCUGCUGCUGCCAGAGGUAGACAGGCAGGUUGGGGCAGAUGGUUUGAUGAAGCUGAGUGGCUCUGCAUUGAACAACGAGUUCUUCACGUCAGCUGCCCAAGGCUGGAAGGAGAGGUUGUCAGAAGGUGAGUUUACACCAGAAAUGCAGCUAAGAAUACGUCAAGAGAUAGAGAAAGAAAAGAAGGUUGAGCUGUGGAAGGAACAUUUUUUUGAGAGCUACUAUGGUCAGAGUUCUGGACUAAGUCCUGAAGAGUCCAAGAGACUGACAGCAAACACCAGCCCUGCUGAGACAGAGGUUGAAAAUCCAGCAGCUGAACAGCCAAAAUGCAUGCCAGCCUCUCUGGCACCAGUCAAAGAGGAGAUUACUCCUCCAUUAGAGUCUAAAGCACAAGCAGUCCAGGCAGCACCCACGAUGAAAAAAGGAGGAGAGGAAAGAAGAGAGGACACGCAGCCAAAACCGGCCAAACCUGCAGAGGCCUCAGUUUCCCCAGAUGGCUGUGCAGCGAAGCCUAGCGACCGUCCUCUCUCUUUAAAAGAGAAAGUACAAGGAGAAUCCACUCAAGAGAAACCACAAUCUGCUGUCAGUCAAAAGCCAGAAGAGGAGAGGAAGCAUGCUGCAUCAAAGGAAGCGCUAGUAAAAGAGACUGUGAGUACCUCAGUUUUGGCCCUGAGCAAACCAAAGAGCCCUGAAGCAGGUGAAGUAGUAGCAAAUGCAGCAAGUCCAGUGAUUACUCCACAAACACCAGAAAAGAAGUCCCCUGCAAAUGAAGAAAUGGAGGUCAGUGUUGAAGGCCAUAAGAGGAAGUCGGAGAGCCGUGAAGAAGGUCUAACCACUCCUGAGAAGAAGCCCCGCAUCAUGGAGAACUGCCAGCACCACCAGUCGUUUCGGACCCAGCCACAGUCCUUUCCUGCAGCUGGGACCCAGGUGCCACGGGUACCCCCACUCAAGAUUCCUGUUUCCAGAAUCUCCCCAAUGCCAUUUCCUGCGGGCCAGGUCUCUCCCGGGGCACGUUUCCCAACCUCAGUUACCAGUCCGGGAAGAACAGGGGCCAGAACUUUGGCAGACAUCAAGGCAAAAGCCCAGCAAGUCAGGGCCCAGAGGGCAGCGGCCGCCGCCGCAGCCGCCGCCGCCGCCGCCGCCGCCUCUUCGGGGGGAGCAGUGCCAGGGCCUGGACCCGGUGGUGGCGGGGGCCCUCCAGGUGGUGGAGGAGAGAGGAGUAACGCAGCACCAAGCAGAACCAACGAAACUGGAACUGGAGGAAAUGCACUGGAACUGGCAGGAACUGGAAGCGGGGGAAGUUCGAGAAGGUUUCUUCCCCAUUGUCCAGGGCCCCAUUCCCAAAUGGAGACCCAGGCCACGGACCAGCCACCAGCUCACAAUCUCUCUAGAGCACAACUACAGCAAACUUCCACAUUGCAAUCCAGAACUCCGGGCAGCAAUACGGGCACCAACUGCUCCUCAUCAGCGGCAUCAGCAUUAGAGAAAAGCGACAGAAUAAAACAGAGCCCCCCAAACAUGACUGUAAACCAGGUUCCAGGCUCCCCAUAUGCCGGUAGCAGUGGCAAACAAGAGAAAGCACCUUCUGCUCCAGCAGGUCCGAGCCAGGCCAGUGGGGCGUCAGCUGUCAGGGACGGAACAGUCUGUGUCACUGCAUCCACAGCGGGUACCAACACAAAUGUAACUAAGGUGGCGCCUGCGGCCUUAGGAGGGACCAGCUUAGAUGCCUCUAAAGGCACAUCUCCUUCCCCUCUGAUGUCUUCAUCUUCACUGACACCCACAGGCUCAGAAGCCCAGGCUGGAGGUGCGGUAACAUCUGUUCCAUCUGCCCCAUCCUCUAACACUUUGUCAGCAGUACCUAGCCUUAAAACUCACCUAAGUUCAAGUGGGGCCCUCCCCAAAACAAGCUCCAGUAUUCCUGCUAACAACCCUUUAGUCACCCAACUUCUCCAAGGCAAGAAUGUCCCUCUGGAACAAAUCCUGCCGAAGCCCCUCACCAAAGCAGAAAUGAAAACUGUCCCAUUAGCUUCUAACGAAGAAAAAGGGGCAGCAGCACCCAGUGCUACAAGUGUAGCAGGGAACGGCACUGGAGCCGAGGGCGGUGAAAGACAACCGGGUUUACCCGCACAGCAGCUUGGGAAGAUCUUUUGCCAGAACAGGCCUCUGCCUCACAUUCCAAGGACCUUUUCAGUCCCCUCGGGAAAGGACCCCAGUGUUGACCAGCACCAGUGCCCAGAGGCGCUCAGUAAAACAACCCAAGAGCAGAUCCUUCAGACUCUCAUCAAGAGGGUCCAGAGGCAGAAUUUGUUUCCAGUCCUUCAGCCUUCACAACUGAACCUCACUCACUCAGGUUUCCAGUUAGAAAACAGCUCCACCAGCCAGAGAUUUGUGCUGGGUUUCAUGGGCAGAAGGACCUCCAAGCCGGCUAUGUCUGGUCAUUAUCUGCUCAACAUUUCCACCUAUGGCCGUGGCUCAGAGAGUUUGAGGAGAGGCUUCUCCCUGAACCCAGAAAACCGCUUGUGUCUGAACAGUCCUGCUGAUGCUCCGAAAACAGAAUUUGGGGAAUGUGAGGAGAUGGCUGGCCACGGCAGCAGCAGCAGCGAGGAAGGAGAUGCAGAUGAUGAGAGUACUGGUGAUGAACGUGAACGUGUCAGUGUAAAAGAGGAGCCCCAGGCUUCACAGGUGUCUGGCCAGUGUGAAAAAGAACAGGCGUCACAUAACAUAAACCCUUCGGAUUACAGCAUCCUUGCUAAGAAGGGUGUAAAGACAGAAGCAGCCGCGUCUCAGCAAGCAGCAGUCAGCAGGGAGAACGUUCAGGGGUUUGACGGAACUACGUUAGCGCGAGAUUUUAUUCAAGCCGCUCAAGAGCAAAUGGCACAUGCAAUGAGGGGAAAAAUGCACAGCAGCCCUGAGCUUUUCAGUCCUUCUGUACCGUCCACGGACUCUGCGCAGCAGCAGCCUCCCCAGCUUCCUCAUCCACACCCUCCAAAGCUGGGUGGAGAUGCUGCAGCACAGCUCAUUGGGCCCAGUUACAGCGGCACAAUAAACGUCUCCACCUCCCCGGACGUGAACCAAGGGUCUCUUAUGACUGGGCUGUCGGAAUGCAAUCAGUUGUCUAGUAGCAUGGGGAACGUCAUGUCCUUUUCGGUGACUGUAACCACCAUUCCCACCAGCCAAGCUAUGAACUCUGGCAACCACAGUCAGACCAUCCCAGUUCAAGCCUUCGCUGAAGACCACAGCAUGGAGGACUCCCCUUCCAAAUGUUACUGCAGGUUGAAAGCCAUGAUCAUGUGCAAGGGCUGCGGCGCCUUCUGCCAUGACGAUUGCAUUGGCCCCUCUAAGCUCUGUGUCUCCUGCCUUGUCGUGCGGUAACCGGGACGUGAAGUGGGGAAGAGGAUGGCUGGAUGUUGUGUUUGCUUUUGGAAGUACAUUGGGAAGAAACAGGAAAUUUACUGCCUUGCACAAGAGACACGUUACUGAAUCAGGAAUACAGAGUAGAGUUCUUCUUUCAUUAAAGAAAGAGCACCUUCUUGUACAGUGAGUCUAAAUUGAGCUCAACUACGUGAAUUGUGACAAGAGUUUGCACUUAAGGAAUUAUGUAAAUAUGUCACAUUAUUUUGUUUAAAAAUAUUUUUUCAAUCUUUUAGGAGAUAGUGUUUGACUUGUACUGCAGUUUCAUUAACCCCAGCCUGCUAUCCAGCAUGUUUGCUGAGCUCUGCUCUAGAUGGGGGAAUGAACCCCCGGCGAAACAUCAGCCUGUUGGGCUUCUCUUGGCAAAGAGAAGAGCCAGAUUUAAGAAACUAAACGUUUGUUCUGACUGAUGACAGAGCACUGAAGCAGGAAACCCUGAACGGGCUUACUGUGUUGCUCUAAAUUUUAGUUCAAUUUUUCAGAAUUGGAAGGCGUUAACGUUGCACAGGCCUUUCAAGUCAUUGCCUCUCACUUGUGACACGGCUGUCUCCAGAAGGCAUACUGGGUUGUGCAAUAUAGGCUGGUGUUUUUGAUUCGCAUAUCCUCUCCUCUUCAAGGAGGCAGUUGCAGUAACCUUCUUUUAGGGACGGAGGUAUCUUGAUUUGCUACUGGCAAAUACUGAAAAAGGCAACUGUACUAACCAUAGGAUUCAAGGAUUUAAAUCACUAAAACAACUCAGUAACUGUGAUUAUUGGUAAUUCCAGGAACCAUUUAAAGCAGAGAUCGCAAAUAUGUGCCGAACUGCAUUUCAUUUCUGGACUGUCAGGACCCGGCAGAAACCUGCUUUAUUAGGCAUUAUUUCAAGGGAGCUGGAGAGUGCCACCCCCAGAGCUGAGCAGCGCCAGUUGUUGCAGCACAUUAUGCAAGUGAAGUGCACUAAAUGUCACCCUCUGUCCUACUGUUUUCUAGGAAGCUUUUUGUGGCUCAUUAAAAACUCCAGAUAGUCAGACUUCUCGAAUCUCUAUAGAAGAUUUUCUAUUUAGCUGAGCGUAGGGAAAGAAAGCAAGGAUCCCGCUGGGCCUCGCCGGUGUCCGCCAGCGGGUGUCCGUCGGAGGACGCCAAGCCAGGCCUGGCUCCGCGCGUGGUGCGUCGGGGCGAGCUCGGGAGGGGCGCAGCUGGUGGGACGCGUUCCUCGCCGCCAGGAGUCGGUGCUCACGCCCCCGUUCGCUCCAGGUGGUCGGAAUUAACCGAUACAGAAUGGUACUUUGUGCUCGACAACAAGGAUUGACGACAGGCUGGCUAAUAAAGCAUUCGCCGAUCUGCAUGUUGACGUAUCGCCACGUGUCCGCAUCACACGGAGGAUGUUUGUGUGUCACUUCUCUUCCAGAACAGCGUCAGGUUCAAUAGUCACGUCCAGUCCCAUGUUGUCACUGUGCGGGGUGGGAGGGGGGCCAUCCUGGAGCUUGGUCAGGUAACAGAUCUAUGUAUCUUUUUGAUGGAAAAGCACUGAAUUCACUUUGAAUCCAAAGGCCUUUUUAAGAUGAAGCAAUAUUAACAAAACAGGUGACAGCUGUUUUAUGAGCUGGGGUCCUAAAGCCUUUUUUCCUUCUUCCCAUUUGACUAUACUACUGCUUUCCCCGCUUCCCUCUCCCUGACGUGGGAACCUGGCGUGCUGGCGGUAAGGUCAGGAGCACUGCCCGGGAAGCGCCGUGUGGUUUUCCAAGGAGCGGGUGUUGAUUUGUUUGUUAAUGGUAAAGAGAGUUGCAGACUUAAUCGCUUCAUAAUAAAAACGUUUCCUUCCCUGUCCAGCAGAGCGUGGUGUCCUCCAAAGCAGGGUUAGUGUGCGUGAGUUAACGAGAGCUGCCGUGUGUGUAUCUUGGUCUUAGUUUUGCCCGUAAUAAAUUUACCGGGGAGCAGCGACUCCUGCUAUCUAAUUAUGCAUCGCUCCUUGUAGACAUCCAGUGGUGGACGGGAUUUAAGUAUUAGAAAUACAGACUAUUUUUUUUUAACCGCUUACAUCUCAAAAAAGAAUGCAAGACAUACUCCCAGUUCUGUCGUGCUGCCCGGUGGCUGCAGCCCAGCAGCCCCGUGCCAGUCUGCACCGUCCCACGGCUGGCUCCGUGCGUGCCCGGCAAGCCCAGCAGAGGCGGGUUAGCUUCUCCUGCUGCAACCCCAAAUGCUGUAGCAGGGAUGAUUUGUUCCCUGGGUCGGCUUGUACGUAAGUGCUCAUUUGGACAGCGACCCGUCACUGCCUGCUUCCCUACUUGCUGCUGCAACGGGAAUUUCUGCCAUUCUUUUAAAUCGUAGGAUGCGGCGUGAAAUGGUUUCACGUGGUGUACCCCGGGGACAGCAGGAUCUUCCCUUCCCUUAUUAACUCGAGCCUUGUCUAGACAUGAAAGCAAAGUUAUGGCAACAUAAUCCUCAGUGAGACACAUUCGUUCCCUCAGUAUAAUCCAAUUUAAAGGUUGUUUUGGGUUACAAACUAAGCUGAAAAAGUCAUUUUUGCCUCAAAUAAAAGCAAAGAGGCUUUGCUGGUGUAAUUGGAUCAAUUCUGUUCACACCUUGGCUUCCAUCAGUGUGAAUUCUGUGGGCUGACAAGGCUGCUUCAGAGGGGGAAGGAGGGGAUGCUGAGGGAGCAGCACACACCUGCUGCCUUGCUGUUAGCGUUCACAGGCUUUUGAAUCUGUUGCCGCUGUCACGUUGAAAGGCUGCUCCGGUACUCUCAGCAUUUUCUAAAACAGUCAACAGCCCUAGCUGUGGUUCCGACGUGUUACUGCCUUUAAAUUGCACAAGCUCCCCUGCAGCGUGUGGAUUCGGUUGUCUCUGCCAGGUCCAUUUCUGUGAGCCAGAAGCUGCUGUUCACGAGCAGCACCGCAGGAACCGAGCUGAGGUCGCCCAGGUGUGGGUCGAGGGUGACCCCCAAGUGUCAGUGGCUGCCAGGCUUUAUUGGGCAGUGUGGGCAUCUUGCGCGAUGAUUUGGAAGUUUACAACUCUGUUCAGUGCCUUAGUUAUACUUUAACAGCUGAGCACUUUUAUUGGGCUACUUUUAUUCUGUUCCUUUUUCAGAUAAUAAAUUCUUUUAACUGCAUGUCUUUGAUUUUACCAGACGCUAUGAGCUACUAGGUGGAACUUGAGGAACAAUAGCCACGGGUUUGCAAGAGGGCAUUAAGCGGUUAGGAAAUCGUUAGAAAUAAUGGGGCUCAGUGUAAUGAUCAGUACAAGUACAGGUCUACGUAAAACCUUGAGAGCUUUGCAUGUUUUACAGUGCUGGUUAUUGAAUAAUGUAUUUUAGAAAGGGAAAAUCCUGCAGCCCAUUUAGGAGCGCUCCCUGCGUGGCGUUGGCCUGCUGCCUUCCUGCUGAGGCUCCUCCCGUUCAUCCCCACUCUUCCAUCGUCUGCCCUUCCCACUGGUCCUCCUUCCAGCCAGCAACGAGCCUGCUUCGCUCUGGGUCUGUAAUUGAUCGUGACAUAACUUACAGCGUUAGGCUUUGGUGGGCAGGUAUUAAAGUAACGGCAUUCUCCAGUAAAUGCUGUCAUAACAAACAAAAUCUGAGAUGAAAUAUUUGCAAAGCCCAAUGUCAAACCAUGUUUGUGGCAGUAAAAGCAACUUGGGCGAGAAAAGAUACUCAGGUGUGUGUGUUCCCUUUUGGGCCUCAGUCCAAGCCCUGCAGCGUGAGAACGAGAAAUGCAAAGUGACCCGUGGCAUUUAACUUCCCAGUGCAGAAAAAACCACCUUGUACAAGUUAUUUCAAUGGAGGAGUGAAUGCGACUCUAGAGAUGAGCUGAGGUUUUGAGAUGCAGAUGGGCAGCACGGGGAAGGAAAUUUAUUUGAGAUGUUAAUGUCUCAAAUCAAACAGAAAGGCGGCAUGCUGGGCACAGCGGCGUUGUGCUUCGUAGGGCAGUCACGGAGCUGAUGGGGAAGGCAGUUCUGGCCAGGGCCGUGAUGGCCGGGAGGUCACCACACCGGCCGUGCCGUCUGACGGCGGCAGUCGCGCUGCCCAGGCCGCACGGAGCAUCGCCGGCCGGUUCCUGCCCCAUGAGCAGCCGCCGGUGCCGUGGUUGGAAGGGGCUCUGGCUUCUCUGCACGGGGAGGCUCAGCCUGGCUGGGUUUGAACCUCCUGGCCUGGGGGCUGCCAGCCCCAGCAGGAGCCCUGGGGCAGGAGCAGUUGUCUGGGCUGGGCUGGGGCAGGAGCUUCCACCUCAGCUGGGGCGGACGGCGCUCGGGUCGCUGAAAGCAGCUUGGAAAAAAACUUUGGUUUUGCGGGGGGAAGUGCCUGAAAGACCAGCGUGCGUUCUGUGCUGGAAGAGCCUCACCAGGGACGCGUGGAGCCCGGGGGAAGCUGCUUUGUUUCCCUUGGGAGCAUUGUCCCAAAGCCACCGCUGGCCGCUAGCAAACGGCCACGGGGGCUCUGCUCACCCCGGGCCAGCCCAGCAGCGCUGUGCUCAGCUCCAGUGGCCAGGCGCUGCCUCGAGCCUCCUAGCACAGCCGGUGGUGGGGAGCAGGGCCGGUGGCGAGAGCACACUGAGGUCCCUGGGGCACCUGUGCUAGAACGGGGACGCUGCAGGGACGGGAGGGAGGGAGGGGGCAGACGGGGAUGGGGCUGCAAUGGGGGAGGUCCCGCGGGCGUCGGGUCUGUUUGCCACCGGUGCCCUGCAGGGAGAACAGCUCACGCACGUGCUGCGAUCAUGAUAGCCAGAAUUUUCUUGAUUAACUAAGGUGUUUUUUUUUUUUAAUGCUAUACAUUUGAUAUAACUGAAGAUCAACUUUAAGAGCUUACAGUAAUAUAUUUUAAGUAAUAUAUAUUUUAGUAUCUAAAACAAAUUGACAAAGGAUGAUUUAUGAACUAGAUAAACAGGGUAUUGGGAGUAUGCAGUUUCUCGGCAAGGCCAGGAAUAGUUUUACUAGCAGGAGAACUGAAAAGAUUCAGUUUUUUCCACUAAUGCAAUAAAAAUGGGAGUUCUUAAAAAGAAGAAAUCCAAUACUGUUUACCACAUGCUUUUCUUGUUUUGACAACAGGCCUGUAAACACAGUUUAGAAGAUACUAAACCUUUGUCUGUCUUUCGCCUUUUUAAAAGGGACUUAAAUUGGAAUAGAGGGUAUGUACAGAAAAAUCAAGUUGACACCAUUUUAAAAUGUAUUUUUACACAAAUAAUAUAGAAAAAUCAUAUUUUACGUAAGAAUUUUAAGUAUUUGAAAUAUGUAUAUAUAUACUGUAUGUACUUCAUAUAUUCUUUAUUUUACAUUUUCAAUGUAUUAAAAAGUAUUUGAGCUGUUUGGAUUUGAGCAUGUAAUAAUGUUAAAAAAAAAAAAAAAAGAGGAAAAGAAGAAAAGAGGGAGAGAGGAGAUGAGUCCUGCACGCUGCAGUUGCUGCUGUUAGCAGCCUGCAGGGAGUAGAGAAACCAGAAGUGCAGCAGCGAAGGGAUUUUGGAAGUUUAGCAGUUUCAGGUAGAGCAUACAGAACAUUUGUCAGUCCUGUGUCUUGUCUGUGUCUCCAUUUGUAUUCGUUCAUUUUGCCUCGUAACCACCCAGAAUCAUCCAUGGUGAGAAGACAAAGAGGUGGAUCUUUUAUACAAGCAACGCUACCUUUAUAGCCAAAGAGACGUACUGGUACAGAAGCUACUCAACCAAAACAGAAUCAGAAGCUACCCAGUUGUGCUGUGCCACUGGAAUUUCCAUAAAUAGUUUGAUUUCUUGGGCAAGCAUUUUAUGGUGCUUAUGGGGAACUUAAACAACGUACCAAAAGUCCAAUGAUUUCAAGGAAGCACUAUCAAAGUGGAUUUGUUUUGGUUUUUGUGGGAAUUAGGUGAAACUCUCACUGCAGAGAUGGUCCGUCUUUGCAGCUCUUGGGGACUGAGUGAAUUCCAUUCACCUGCACUUGCCUGGGCUCCUCUAGACACUCCCCGCCAGACUGAGAUCUGCAGCCCCUGUAAUUGCUGGUUCUGCACAGAGAGAGAACACAAAUCUCCCACGGAGAGGAGGGUGGAAAUGGCUCCACAGCGUGCAAAGCACAGCAUACCUGCCUCAUCCCCUUUUCCAUGACGCCCAUUUUGGCUUAGGUGAAUCUCAAAUCACACUUAUAUUCCCCUUAUUCCUGCAAGCAAUUGCAGGACUCGUAUAAAUUGGAGGUGUUCAAAGCAACUCUCUAUUGCUGGGACUUAGGGGGAAGGAAACUGGGGGAAAAGAAGAAGCAUUAACAAGUCAGGUUUUAAAAGUACAAAUUUAAAAACUGAAAAGGCAGGCAACUGGUAUUUGUAUAUACUGCUUCGAUUAUUAUUGGAAUCCCUUGGGGGAAAAAAUAAACGAGGCACCCAAUGACUGUCAAAAGUUGCUACCUACACACCGGGUAGGGCUGUCGCUCCCCAGAGUUGCACUGUAAGGAAGCCCCGUGGGUGGGGGGCGUGUACAGGUCGGGUCUGGAUGCGGGGGGCUGCACAGGGGUGCAGCUGAGUGUACACAGCGAGACCAGCUUCAUCUCAGUCUUCUGGUGACAUUACACCUUGGAAAGUUACCGCGGGCCUGAGAUGGGAUUACAGCUUUUGUAUUCGUUUUCCUAUUUAAGAUAUAUGGGUUAGAUGAAAUAUAUAAUAGUGACGUGUUUUGAUCUGCUGCACUUUUUAAUAAACAUUCCUUAUUCCCCUGGUACUGCUGCAUCUCCCACCCCUUCCUACCCCCCUUAGAACUUAAGCCCAGUUGGUCUCCUGUCCCUUUCAGUAAGACCUCGCAGGCGCUGCACCACGGGUUUCUUAUCAGAAGGGCUGGGCCAGGAGCUCAGUGCUUGAGGCCGGGGCUCCGGCGUCCUCGCGGCAGAGUCCCAGGGCCAGCACCGCCGCGGCGGGGCAGCGCGGGCACCGAAAGGCUGCGGUGCGGGGGCCGUGGGUGCCUCCUGGCCUCCUGUUGGUGGCCGUCUGAGUGCGUGCUCUGCGCCCACCUCGAGCAGAGGCACAAUAGGCAUCGUCUUCGACCUCAGGGACAGAUGCUCCGGUUAAAAUUUCACCUCGUGUCCAGAGGCGUGCCCAGGACAUGCCCACGAGCAGUCGACUUCGCUGCCACGCGGUAGCUCCUUCCCUUCCCGUCCAUCUUCGGUGCCCUCGUGAGCCCAUGCCCUGUCACGGCCUGUUUGCAAAGUCAAAUUCAGGCAAGAAAUCUGGCAGUUUGCAUGGGAAAAAAGCGACUGUAGUUCAGUAAGGUAACGUCUGGGCGUGUAAGAGCUACGUGGGCCAGUUCUAGCAGGAGCAAUACAUCAGGGACAAAGUGGUCCGUCAUGCUGCAGCUAUGCAUUUUGGCAAAGGUUGUUUUGUCACCAAGUCUUCACCCAUUUUGCUGUAUAAGAUUCCACCUUAGCUUCUCACCAGCAUUAAGAGGAAUCUGAGGAGUGCUAAAAGCGGCCUAUUUCUAACCUGUCACUUGAGGAUCUGUGUGCCCAUAGGAGGUAGCACUUUGACAAGCAAAGCCUGCCCUGUGGCUUCUGUCUUAUUGCAGAUUCUGUUCCUCUUCCUCUCACUUAUUUUUGUCAUGUAAAACUACCUGCUUUAUAAAUGAAUGUAAAAUACCGUAGUUCUUCAGCACAUGGACAAAUGUGUAUUUUAUCUUAAUGUUUCAUUUUAUGUUAAAUAAAAAGCAUAUGAUUUUAUGGUUA